ACAAACAAACAACGCUUCAUCCACUUUUUCAUUUUCACUCUCACUCAUUCUCUCGUUUUUACAUAGUACUUAGUAUUUAUUCAAGUAUUCAUAAACCUUUUGACAAGUCACAUAAGCCAAGGUGCAUCUAUUUAGCAUGUUACAGCUUCUUCUUGCUUUUAUGCAGGUGAAAAAUCUUGCAAGAGAUAGAUAGCAUUUGAGGAUGGAUGUUGACGAAGUAGAAAGAGUAGUUGUUGCAAAACCAGUUGCUUCAAGGCCAAAUUGUUCUACUUUCAAAUCUUUCUCAGAGCUUCUAGCAGGUGCUAUCAAUGCCGCUCCUCCAAUUGCAUCUUCUUCUCAAACUACAACUUCUGCAAUUAGACCAAAGACAGUCAGGUUCAAGCCAACAUUGAAUCUCCCCCCUUCUCAGGCUGAUGUUUUUAGAGGUGAACUUAGCAAUUCUUCUGACAUGGAUCCUAAACCUGACACCAAUCAGUCUCUCAUAUACAAGCCAAUGGCGAAAUUUGUGUCACAGACUACUGUCUCUCUCUUGGCAAACAUGGGAAUCUGUAGCACUAGCCAGCUACAACCACAGCAAUCAAUGGAGGCCAAUCUACAGAAUCUAAACCAUGACAAAUUUAGAUCUAACAAAAGCUCAAAUUUUCAUCAGAACAUUACUACCCUACCUACAGAAACACACCAGGCCACUGAACCUUGUAAGACGGCGCAACAGAACAUGGAGGAAGACCAAAAAGCUUUAACAUCAUCCACAGCGAAUACGGAUAAACCUUCAUAUGAUGGAUAUAACUGGAGAAAAUACGGACAGAAGCAAGUAAAAGGAAGCGAGUAUCCUCGAAGUUAUUACAAGUGCACACAUCCUAACUGUCCAGUUAAGAAGAAAGUUGAAAGAUCAUUUGAUGGCGAGAUUGCUGAAAUUGUUUACAAAGGCGAACACUGCCAUGGAAAGCCGCAACUUCUAAAGCGCAAUGCGGGAGCGACACAAGGACCGGGAAUGGUUUCUGACGGAAUGGUUCAAGAUACAUUGUGGAGUAAUAAUAAUAAUAAUCAGAAUGAAGGAAGAAUAGAGAAUCAUGUCAAAGCUUCACAUCCUAAUGAUCCUACUUAUGAAAAUUCUUUUGGUUUAAGUGGGGAUUGUGAGGAAGGAAGCAAAGGAUUUGAGGCAGAUGAAGAUGAUCCUAGAAGUAAAAGAAGGAAAAAUGAGAAUCAAUCGAACGAAGCGGCAGUAUCAGAAGAAGGUCUAGUAGAGCCACGGAUCGUGAUGCAAAAUUCUGCGGAUUCUGAAAUCCUUGGAGACGGCUUUCGCUGGAGGAAAUACGGACAGAAGGUGGUGAAGGGAAAUCCAUAUCCCAGAAGUUACUAUAGAUGUACUCAUAUAAAGUGCAAUGUUCGCAAGCACGUCGAGAGAGCAAUCGAUGAUCCAAAAUCAUUUGUGACUACAUAUGAAGGAAAGCACAACCAUGAGAUACCACUCAAGAACACAACAACUGUGGCAUCAUCCGAAAAGGAUUCUCUUAGUAAAGAUAAACCAUAUUGACAGUUUAAUUUAUCAUUAGUUGACAGUAACAUUAUAGUUAUUAUGACUAAAUGGUUUGGAUCCUCUUAUGAUAGAUUUUCACAAAGUUUGAUUGGCUAAACCCAACUCAUUUGAAGUGAUUUAUUCCAGUUAUGCUAAAGUAUGCUCAGAAUAAUUGAAGUUCAUCAGAAGAUAGCGACAAUUUGAAAUGCAACAACUAUGAGACUAAGACUAGGGUAUUUACUUUAUGUUUUAACUUUUGAUGAGAACAAUAUAUGUAUUUGGAGCAUAAUUCAUAUGGUAAUCAAUUUCAUUGUACCAAGCAUUUGAAGUGUUUCCUUAAACACAAUGAUGUAGACAUAGAAGGUCUGAAAGAUUGUUUGGUAUAUCUAACUUAUAUUGGUUUGUGCAAACAGCUACAACCAAAUGGAUCCUUCAGUUUCAAUGCCUAGAACUUUAGGCUCUUCUUUAUGAAUUGAUCAUAAGAUAGUUUUUAUUUCGUGAGUGAAUGAUGCUUUUAAGAUUGUUCUUCAAUGUUUUCGGAUUCAAGUAUUAAUAGUUUUCUGCUUAGUGGAGUUAUUGAGUUUUUAACUAUAAUGCUUCAACACGUUGCUUUAUUCUCCUCAAGGGACUAAUUUCCUGCCAUUGGUUCGGGACCUAAUCAAGCUCUUCCAAACAGCAAUAGCAACAUCCUCCUCUAACAAACACAGCGGGCAUACUGUGUUAUGCGCGCCUGAAACGAUUCCACGACUAGGGCAUACUGUGUUAUGCGCGCCUGAAACGAUUCCACGACUAGCCAAAUUCGCUUUGGGUGGAAGCCUAUUCAGCAAUAAUCUCUAACAAAAAAUCUGGCACUUGCUCGGCAUCUUCGUCUUCCAAACGACUUGCAGCCCUUAUAGAGACCUCGAAUUGAUCACAAAAACAUCGUUACUGGACUGGAAAAAAGCGCUGUAAUUGUCUCAUAUCAUCGUUAACAACUGAGAAUUGUAUGACUUUGGUUUCAUUUUAGAUGACUUGCAUUAUGUUUCAUAUCUAUAAUAAAGGAAACUAUUGUGCUCA